GCACGACAUUCAGUGCUGGACUUUAUCCUGCAGACGGCCAGACGCUUAUAAAAACCAGUGACGAGAACAAACAGAAUCAACAGCUGACCGAACAGGAAGAUCAUCCACACAGCGUCAAACAUGAAGGUUCUCGUGGUUCUCGUCAUUGCAGUUUUCACUGCCGGCUGCAACGCCAACAUCGAGUUUCAGACUCCGUCCAAACAGCAGCUGGACAUGGUCAAAGAUGCAUUCUGGGAUUACGUUGCCAAGGCAACCGCCACCGCUGAGGACUCGCUGAAACAGAUCAGAGAGUCGGAGCUCGGACGGGAGUUCAACUCCCUCAUCACCUCCCAGGACCUGGUCUCCACCUUCUCCCAGGAGGCCGAUAAGCUCAAGGCCCGCGUAGAGAAAGACCUGCAGCCCUACGCCCAGGAGAUGCUGGAGAUGCUGCAGGCCAAGCUGGAGGAGCUGAAGAAGGAGGUGGAGACUGCAGACACUGAGGCCCUGAAGGAGCUUCUGCUGCAGAGGAGCCAGGAGCUGAAGCUGCAGCUGGACCAGAGCGUGGAGCAGCUGCAGACCAAGAUGGUUCCCUAUGCUGAGGAGAUGAAGCAGAAGCUGGACCAGAGCGUGGAGCAGCUGCAGACCAGGAUGGUUCCCUAUGCCGAGGAGAUGAAGCAGAAGCUGCAGGACAGCCUGGACCGCUUCCAGAGGAGCUUUGAGGUCCACGUGGCCCAGAAGGCUCAGGAGGUCCGGCAGCAGCUGGCCCCGUAUGAAGAAGAGCUGAAGGCCAAGCUGACCAGCGAGAACCUGAAGGCCCAGCUCAGAGCCCUGUGGGACGCCUUCAGUAAGCUGGGCCAGUAGACGGACUGGAACGGUUUAAUUCAGAAUAUUUAAGUGCAAUACGUCAUUUCCUGUUUCCUGUGAUUUAUCUGUUGUGUUACUGUUGACAAAUAAAACAAUAAAAUAUCUCCAACGUG